AAAUGGCUGACCGGGAAGACGGCUGCCCGGCGGGGCGGGGGCCGGAGCAGGGGCACGAGCCAGGGCUGGAGUCGGGGGAAGAGUUUGAGAUCGUGGACCGGAGCCAGCUGCCGAGCCCAGGCGAGCUGAAGAGCGCGGCGCAGCCGCGGGCGCCGGCGGAGGGCUGGUCCUCGCCCAUCCUGACCCUAGCGCGAAGGGCCACAGGGAACCUGUCGGCGAGCUGCGGGAGCGCGCUGCGCGCGGCAGCUGGGCGCGGAGUCGGGGACGGCGUCGGGGACGGUGCGGCGCGAGCAGCUGCCAAGUGCCAGAUGAUGGAGGAGCGUGCCAACCUGAUGCACAUGAUGAAGCUCAGCAUCAAGGUCUUGCUCCAGUCUGCCCUGAGCCUGGGCCGCAGCCUGGACGCGGACCAUGCCCCCUUGCAACAGUUCUUUGUAGUGAUGGAGCAUUGCCUCAAACAUGGGCUGAAAGUUAAGAAGAGUUUUAUUGGCCAAAAUAAAUCUUUCUUUGGUCCUUUGGAGCUGGUGGAGAAACUUUGUCCAGAAGCAUCAGAUAUAGCCACUAGUGUCAAAAAUCUGCCAGAAUUAAAGACAGCUGUGGGAAGAGGAAGAGCUUGGCUUUAUCUUGCACUCAUGCAAAAGAAACUGGCUGAUUAUCUGAAAGUGCUUAUAGACAAUAAACAUCUCUUAAGUGAGUUCUAUGAGCCUGAGGCAUUAAUGAUGGAGGAGGAAGGGACGGUGAUUGUCGGUCUGCUGGUGGGACUCAAUGUACUUGAUGCCAAUCUCUGCUUAAAAGGAGAAGACUUGGAUUCUCAGGUUGGAGUGAUCGAUUUUUCCCUCUACCUUAAAGAUGUGCAGGAUCUCAAUGGUGGCAAAGAGCACGAAAGAAUUACUGAUGUCCUUGAUCAAAAGAAUUACGUGGAAGAACUCAACCGGCACUUAAGUUGUACUGUUGGGGAUCUUCAGGCCAAGAUAGAUGGCUUGGAAAAGACAAAUUCAAAGCUUCAAGAAGAGCUUUCAGCUGCAGCAGGCCGGAUUUGUUCACUUCAAGAAGAACAGCACCAAUUGAGAGAGCAAAAUGAAUUAAUUCGUGAAAGAAGUGAAAAGAGCGUAGAGAUAACAAAACAGGAUACAAAAGUUGAGCUGGAGACUUACAAGCAAACGCGGCAAGGUCUGGAUGAGAUGUAUAGUGACGUGUGGAAGCAGCUAAAAGAGGAAAAGAGAGUCCGAUUGGAACUAGAAAAAGAACUGGAGUUACAAAUUGGAAUGAAAACUGAAAUGGAAAUUGCAAUGAAAUUACUGGAAAAGGACACCCACGAGAAACAGGACACCCUAGUCGCCCUUCGCCAGCAGCUAGAAGAAGUCAAAGCGAUUAACUUACAGAUGUUUCACAAGGUUCAGAAUGCAGAGAGCAAUUUACAGCAGAAGAAUGAAGCCAUCACAUCUUUUGAAGAAAAAACCAAUCAAGUUAUGUCCAGCAUGAAACAAAUGGAAGAAAGGCUGCAGCACUCGGAGCGGGCCAGGCAGGGGGCCGAGGAGCGGAGCCACAAGCUGCAGCAGGAGCUGGGCGGGCGAGUCAGCGCCCUGCAGCAGCAGCUUGCCCAGCUGCACGCACAGUGCUCAAGUCUAGAGAAAGAGUUGAAAUCAGAAAAAGAGCAAAGACAAGUUCUUCAGCGAGAACUACAGCAUGAGAAAGACACCUCCUGUCUACUCCAAACAGAGCUUCAACAAGUAGAAGGAUUAAAAAAGGAGCUGCGGGAGCUCCAGGACGAGAAGGCAGAGUUACAGAAGGUGUGUGAUGAGCAGGAACAAGCCCUCCAGGAAAUGGGACUGCAUCUUAGCCAGUCAAAGCUGAAGAUGGAAGACAUAAAAGAAGUAAAUAAGGCACUGAAGGGCCACACUUGGCUGAAAGAUGACGAAGCAACACACUGUAAGCAAUGUGAAAAGGAGUUCUCCAUUUCCCGGAGAAAGGUACGUGGGGUGAACCUAUACCCACCAGCCCCAAGGCUUGAGUUGCUAUGUGCCAGGCUCAUUUCUCUGGCCCCACUUUCCCAUACUGAACUACCACACUGGCUGGAAAGGCCCUCUCAUCCGACCAGGUGCAUUACACUGGGAUUGUCCUCACUGCUCUGCCAUCACCCUGCCAGCUCUCAAAAGAACAGCCCCAAACUCUCCUGCCCAUGUCCACCUGUGAGGUCCCUGGCCAGUUUGUCACAGGCCCCUGUCCCCACCAUGCCCCUCUCAAUGACUGCUAGCAAAUGUGUCCGGGGCUUGGGCUUUCUCAAAUGCAGAGCUGCUUUAGGUAAGUGUCACUAAAAAUCCUUUGUAAGCCAACAGGACCCAAACCUAGCUAACUUUGGCAGACUCUAGAGGGAACCUGUGGGAUAGCAGGUUUCAGAACAGGCACCCAGACAGCACCAGCAACUGAGUCUGUCUGGGUAGGGCCCCAUGCUGGAGUGAACCUGCCUCUGCCAUUUUUUGUUUGUGCCACCUGCUUUCAGUUUCUAGGAACUGUAUUAGGUCCUGGCCCCCACUUCGGUUAGGGUUGACAGUCUCACCAAGACCAGUAGGGUAAGGGGUUGGGGGGCACAUAUCCCAAGCAAAAUUUGGGGCCAUUACUAAACAUAAGGGGAGUGCCUGCUGCUUGCGCCCCACCGCCAUCCACAACCAUGUGGAUCUUGUUCUCAUCUGCUUGUGGUAACAGCCUAUCUCUAUGGGAAAGAGAAAGAACUCUGCCAAAUUCUAGUCAGUGCCUCACAGUAGGCUCAGAGGUACAAGGGCAAAGAGCUCAUCUAGAAACCCUCCUGAGGCUGCCCUUAAGAUCACACGGAGUCCUUUGGCCUGAAAUGGUCAAGUUCAAGGUGUGCCUGAUAGGAGUGGGUUAGUUGGCAGAACUAGUCUCAACAGCAGGCUGGGCUGGUUCCAAAAGGAGCAGAGGGGCCGGGCUAAAGACCCUUGGGAUGCAGCAAUUCAAGGGAAUGAACUGAGGCUCUUUGUGUAAUGACAUGGAUUAGCUAUUUUGUUUUAAAGAACAAAAUACACCUUACAUUCAUGCAAGUACAUGCAUAUGUUUUACAGGAAUAUAAAUGUAGAAGCAAAGCAAAGGGAAGGGCCAAGUAGAACUCAUUCCAAAUUGAUGAACAUCCUCUGGGGGAGGGAUCUGGGUGUGUCUGGAUAUUAAAAUAAGUUUUUAAAGGUUUAGAUACAGAAGAGGUAUACAGAUGGCAUCUCGCCCGUUAGAGGGAGCGAUGCUGCUGGUCCUGUGAGUACCUUUUUCCCAUCCUCUAGCACCACUGCCGCAACUGCGGCCACAUUUUCUGCAACACAUGCUCCAGCAACGAGCUGGCCCUCCCAUCUUACCCCAAGCCAGUGCGGGUGUGCGACAGCUGCCACACUCUGCUCCUGCAGCGCUGCUCCUCCACCG